AUGGGAAACACGUCCACGGGAAACACGUCCACGACUAGGGCCUGGAACGGCUCGUCGGUGACCAUGUUCAUCCUCCUGGGGUUUGCAGACCAUCCACAACUGCAGGCCCUCCUCUUUGUGACCUUCCUGGCCAUCCACCUGGUGACCCUGGCCUGGAACCUGGCCCUCAUCCUUCUGAUCAGAGGCGACACCCGUCUACACACGCCGAUGUACUUCUUCCUCGGCAACUUGUCCUUCGCUGACGUCUGCUACUCUUCUGCAGUGGCUCCCAAGAUGCUCUCCGACUUCUUCCGGCAGCGGAAGAGCAUUUCCUUCCUGGGCUGCGCUGUUCAGUUCUUCUUCUUCGUGGGCGCGGGUCUAACCGAGUGCUUCCUGCUGACGGCGAUGGCGUACGAUCGCUAUGCGGCCAUCACCAGCCCCCUGCUCUACUCCGCCGUCAUGUCCCAGGGCCUCUGUACACGCUUGGUGGUUGGAGCCUACGUCAGCGGCUUCCUGAGCUCCCUGGUCCAGUCCAGUUCCAUAUUUCGGCUCCGCUUCUGCGGACCCAACCUCAUCGACCAUUUCUUCUGUGACCUCCCACCAGUCCUGGCACUUUCUUGCUCCGACACCUUCACCAGUCAAGUGGUGAAUUUCCUCGUGGUGGCCGUCGUUGGGGGCACAUCGUUCCUCAUCCUACUUGUCUCCUACGGUCACAUAGCGGCUACCGUCCUGAAGAUCCGCUCCGUGGAAGGUCGCAGGAAAGCCUUCCACACGUGCGCCUCGCAUCUGAUGGUGGUGACUCUCUUGUUUGGGACGGCCCUUUUCAUGUACCUGCGGCCCAGCUCCAGCUACUCGUUUGGCAGAGACAAGGUGGUAUCUGUAUUCUACUCACUGGUGAUCCCCAUGCUGAACCCCCUCAUUUACAGUUCGAGGAACAAAGAGAUCAAGGAUGCCCUGUGCAAGAUGCUGGGGAAGAAGUGUUUUCCUAGGUCAUGA